AUGGCAAAAGAUACAACUUCCAAAUGCAAAGCCUUCAACCGGUUGUUAGGAGCAUACCAGAAUGUUUCUGGUAUUACAACACUGAAAGAUUGCUUCACAUCCUGUGUGACUAAUGCAUCAUGUAUCGCAUAUUACUACAACAUUCUACCAGACUGCAGGAAUUACAUUUUAAACACUACAAUCAGCAAUCCCGCACAAUCAGGUGUUGUCUCCUAUAAUAUUUGCCCGAAUGAUCCUUCACAGUGUCUUAGUUCUACAAAGUUGACCGCAAACAUUGUUACAGUUAGCGCCAACAAGACAUGUUACCAGACGUGCUUAGAGAACCCGAUUUGUGUCGGAUCUUACAGUGUCAACGGGAAAUGUAGAAAUGAUUAUCUCAACGGAACUUUGAUUAAUGUUUUAAACGACUCGAAAGUGGAGGCUUUUGUUCGAUGCAGAAUGAUGAACGCUCCAACUACCACCACAACAAUAACAACAGUGGAAACAACUACGACAACGUCUACUACUUCGCCCACCACAACAACCACAACAGAAGAGACGACUACAACAGAGCCGACUACUUUUUUCACCACGACAGAUGAGAAAACUACUACUGCAGCCCCAACUUCCCUAACCAAUACCCCUGAGCCAUGCACUGAGAAGGCUGACAUUAUCGUUCUACUGGACGCUUCCACCAGCAUCGGGGCAGAAAGUUGGAGUUACGUAACACAGACAGCCGCAAACAUCACCCAGUAUUUUGACGUUGGUCCUGAUAAAGUCCGGUUCGCUGCGAUGACCUUUAAUCGAAAACCUACCGCCCAGUUUAACCUAAAAGAUCAUUUGGAUCAUGAUUCUUUGACACGGGUAUGA